AUGUCGCAGAGGGUAACCUACAGACGCCGUCUGUCCUACAACACCAAGUCCAACAGAAGGACAAUCGUGAAGACGCCCGGAGGCCGUCUUGUCUACCACUACCUUAAGAAGCGCGGUACUAUCCCCAAGUGCAGAGACACCGGAGUCAAGCUCCACGGAGUAAGUUUAAUCUAUUUUUUUUCAUAUUUUUUUGUGUUUUGAAGGGCUUCUUGAAUUUCCUGAAAGCAAGAAAAGACUUUGUUCGAUGGAAAUUUAUUUCGUUAUGAUAAAUGAAAAAGAAUUUGACGAUUGCAAAGAUUCUCAGGCCAAUCAAAAGAGGUUUUAUAAUAAAUUUUUUUCCCAUAUUUUUUUUUGCAUUUUUUUCCAAUUAAUAAACUAUAAAGUCAGUUUCAGAUAGUUUUUCACUUGAUAAUAGUGUUAUAAUGUCAUGUUCAAAGUAGUUUCCGCAAAACGCAAAAUUAUCUCUGACUCUCCAAAAUUUUCGUUAUCUUUUUCUUUCUCUGAAGGCUAUUUUGCGUUUCGCGGAAUCACUUUGAACAUGGCAUAAGUAAGUUCACAAGAUUAUAUAAACGCAAUAAAUUGAAGUUUAAAUUUAGUAAAACGUGAAUUCCUUUAAUUUAUUCUUCUAAAAUUUCAAUUUUUCUUUGAAAAAAAUAAAUUUGGAUCAAGUAAAAUCCAAAUUUAUUUUUUUCAAAAGCUCUUAACCGGAAAAAUGGAAAAAAGAUCUCAUAAAAAAAUUAUCUCCCCAUAAUUCAUGUUCAGCCAAUUUCAUAUUUUAAAUAUACACAAGUCUUUUCUGAUGAUAAUUUCAUUCAGAUCACUCCCGCUCGCCCACGUGCCCUUACUUUGUUGAAGAAGAACGAGCGAACGGUUUCGCGCGCUUACGGAGGAUGCCUUUCGGCCAACGCCGUCAAGGAGCGAAUUACCCGUGCCUUCCUCAUUGAAGAGCAGAAGAUUGUCAACAAGGUUCUCAAGCAGAAGGGCAAGCCCGAAUAA